AAAGGAGAAAAAGCACACAACAGAAAAGGGGAGGACAUCGGUGUAAUUGUGUGAAUUUUGGUUGAAUUACAUUGAAGAAAAUAGUUGCAGAGAGGAAGAAACCAAGAUGAUAACGCCCUACUUCCUACAGAAUUUCUGGGGCGAAAAAAACAAUGGAUUUGAUGUUCUCUACCACAACAUGAAGCAUGGUCAAAUCUCCUCCAAGGAACUUACGGAGUUCAUCAGAGAAAGGGCUACCAUAGAAGAGGUCUAUGCCAGGUCAAUGACCAAACUUGCCAAGUCAGCUGGCAACUUCUCUCAGCUCGGGACGUUUGCCCCGGUGUGGGAUGUGUUUAAGACGUCCACAGAGAAGCUGGCUAGCUGCCACCUGGAGCUGGUGAGGAAGCUACAGGAGCUUAUCAAAGACGUGCAGAAGUACGUGGAUGACCAGGCCAAGGCCCACAAAAAGACCAAGGAGGAGGUUGCGUCCACACUGGAGUCAGUCCAGACCAUCCAGACCACCGGUGUAGCCUUACAGAAGUCCAAGGAGAACUACAACUCCAAAACUGUGGAGCAGGAGAGACUCCGCAAGGAGGGAGCAACACAGAGAGAUGUGGACAAGGCUGGAGUGAAGGCCAAGAAAGCCACGGAAACCUACAAGGGCUUUGUGGAAAAAUACGCCACAGCCAAGUCCGAGUUUGAACAGAAGAUGGCUGAAACUGCACAGAAGUUUCAGGACAUCGAGGAGAGCCACAUCGUCCACAUGAAGGAUAUCAUUCAGUCAUACACACAGUCUGUUGACGAGACGCACGUUCAGAUCGGAGAGGUCCGUAUAGAGUUUGAGAGGAACAUGGAGAACACCUCUGUGGAGGGCUUGAUACAGAAACUGGCUGACAGUAAAGGAACGGGCAAAGAGAGACCAGAUCCUAUUGACUUUGAAGAAUGCAACACUGCCAUCGCCACUGAAGGAGCCAAACCCAGAAAGAGGAAAACAUUUGCGAUCCCAGGCCGCCGGAAAGACAACAAGGACACAGACUCGACGGAGUCGACAGAAGUUGAACCUGCUAACAAUACCAAUGGAGUUCCUCCUGGAUACUAUGGCACCAUAGACUUCCAAAACGCUAAUGUCCCCACGGUUGAUGAAGAUGGCUUCUGCAUCAGACCAGAAGACCGCAACCAAAAUGAUGCCAAAGAGAACUCGUUCUAUUCGUCGAGUGACUCGGAGGAUGAGGAUGAACCCAGGAAGUUCCGCGUGGAAAUCAAGCCGGUGGCGCCCAACAACAGGACGCAACAAAGCCGAGCCACCAUCGACCAACUCAAGGCCUCCAUUGGAAACAUCAGCCUAUCGCCACCAACCUCGGGUCAGAUGCGAAGGAACCAAUCCAGGCUGUCAGGAAUGCAUCCCCACUCAGCGAUAGGCUCUCAGGUGCUAGGUGAUGAGUUGGGAAAGGCCAGGAUGUCAACAUAUUUCAAUGACAGUAGACCUGCUCUCAAUAAUGACCUUCUCUCACUGGAUCCGUUUGGCCCCGCCCCCACCCUAAGAGGCUCCUCCUCCUCAGUGUCCUCAUCAACAGUGCCUGCCCUGGCCAGACCCACUACCCCUCAAACUGGGGGCAUGGUGGCUCCUCCACGACCCUCUUCCAGACCCAAACUACCCACAGGAAAACUCACAGGAAUCAAUGAAAUUGUGCGGCCAUUCAGCCCGACCAAGACUUUGUCCAAUGCCAGUCCUCCUCCGGCUGCUCCCCUGGCCCGGGCAGAGAGCUCCUCCUCCCUGUCCUCCACCGCCUCUCUCAGUGCCUCCAACACACCCACAGUGGGGACGUCUCGCGGUCCCAGCCCAGUGACCCUGGCGUCCCAGGAUGCCUUGCCCAUUGCUGUGGCCUUCACAGAGUCUGUUAAUGCCUACUUCAAAGGAGCUGAUCCCGCUAAGUGCAUAGUGAAGAUCACAGGUGACAUGACCCUGUCCUUCCCCAUGGGUAUCAUCAAGGUGUUCACCAGUAACCCCCACCCUGCUAUGCUCACCUUCAAACUGAAGAACACCUCCAAGCUGGAGCAGAUCCUCCCCAACCAGACACUACUGUUCAGUGAUCCCUCGCAAAGUGAUGCUCAUACCAAGGACUUUUGGUUCAACAUGCAAGCUCUCACAUCGUACCUCAGGAAAGCCUCAGAGCAGAACCCUGCUGCAUCCUACUACAACGUUGACAUCCUCAAAUACCAGGUGUCCUCUAAAGGAAUCGCAUCGACCCCUCUGAACCUGGCAGUGUACUGGAAGUGUGACCCAGCCACCACUGACCUGAGGCUGGACUACCACUACAACCCAGAGUCCAUGCUCUGUCCCGGCCCUCUCUCCAACGUACAGGUCCUAGUGCCUGUAGAUGGAGGGGUCACCAACAUGCAGUCCCUGCCUAAUGCUAUCUGGAACUCAGAGCUGAAUAAGUCUCUCUGGAAGCUGAACGAUAUCUCUGAGAAGUCUGAAAAUGAAGGCUCGGGGUCUCUGAGGGCUAAGUUUGACCUCUCCGACGGCCCGUCCACCCCAACCACCCUGGCUGUGCAGUUUAUGAGUGAGGGGAGCACGCUGUCUGGGGUGGACAUAGAGCUGUUGGGAACCGGGUACAGACUGUCCCUCAACAAGAAGAGGUUUGCCACAGGUCGUUACAUGGCAGACUGUUGAGUAUGCACACCGUCCUGGACCCCCAAGCACAACCACUUUAUUGAACAUUUAUUUUCAAUAUUUUAGUCCAUUUUGUCCUAUUUAUUAAAGGGGCGGGGGAGAAGGGAGAGGUGCAGCAAAUACAACAGGUUUUUUGUGACGCAUCCAAACACUUUGCAUUAUGUCCCAAUGUACCUUGUCUGUCUCGAGCAGAGAGCUUCUCAGUACAGUAAAGCAGCGCUGAGUAUUGAACACUGUUUAAAAAAAGAAUAAUAAAUUAAAUAAAAAAUUAAGUUGGGCUGUCAGGAAAUGGAAAUGUAUAAUUGUUGAAGUGUAAUGCUUUCUGAUCAAUUCAGACUUUUAUAAAGUCAGAACCGUAAUGUUUCGUUAUGUAACAAUGUAUGGAUUAUAUAUAAAUACAUAUUAUAUACAAAAAAAAUGUAAAAAUGAAAACAAUCUGCACUAACAAUCUAAAAAUAUAUUUGUUCUCUCCUUGUAAAUUGUAAAUGUAUUGUGUAUGUAUUCCACUGAAGCUCUUGUAGUAACAAAGAUUCUGGGUAAAACAGUGAGAAAAGAGAAGAAAGAGGAGAGGAAAUGCCACACUAUCCUCCCUCAUCCCCCUCUCCUUCUCUUCUCCAUUGCAAGUACGAUCACUGAGUAUUUUACUUUGUGAGACUCAAGUCAUGGUUUUUGCUGAUUUACCUUUAUUUCCUGGGUUCUUUUUAUUCUGAUCAUGUGCAAUGAAGAAAUGAAGGUAUAAGCUGUAUUUUUUUAAACUAAACAGAUUCUCUCAAAUGUUAUUAUGGCACAACAUUAAUCGGUUGUACUGUCGCUUCUGACAACUGGUAAUAACACAAGGUCAGCUCUCUUUCAAAAGCAAAAAAACUCAACUUAACUGACCUCAGUGCCUCUUUCUUUCUGUGGAUAAAUUAAUUGAAAAACGUAGCUAUCUUUUCUCUAUGCCCUUUUGUAUGUUAAAAAAGCACCGCUAACAAAAAGAGAAAGCACCGCUAACAAAAAGAGAAAGCACCGCUAACAAAAAGAGAAAGCACCGCUAACAAAAAGAGAAAGCACCGCUAACAAAAAGAGAAAGCACCGCUAACAAAAAGAGAAAGCACCGCUAACAAAAAGAGAAAGCACCGCUAACAAAAAGAGAAAGCACCGCUAACAAAAAGAGAAAGCACCGCUAACAAAAAGAGAAAGCACCGCUAACAAAAAGAGAAAGCACCGCUAACAAAAAGAGAAAGCACCGCUAACAAAAAGAGAAACCACCAACCUUGUGCAAGUUGUUGUUUUAUAAUCUUGUUUUUGGAUGUUGAAGGGAAAAUGCUUCCAGUUUCUACACCAGUCAAUCCAAAAGGCAUCUGUCUUCCAGAAACUGCUGAUCCAGUGGACUCACUGUCUCAGUUCUGUGUCUUUGCUGUGAUGUUGUCUUUUCUACUGGGGUAUUUUUUUCUAUAUUUGAUCCGAUAGAGAUCUUUGUUCCCAAACCGCCUUCGGUCUAUUUGAGAGCACUGGACAGCCUGCUAGCCGAGCAUCUUUAUCACAAUCUAGCCAAAUCAAUUCUAGAAAUGCCUUAAGAAAAUAUACCUUGUCAUCUUUUGAUAAUGGUAAUAAGAUGCUAUCCAGUUGUGAUAGGCUACAUUUCUGCCGUGUUUGCCUGUGAGGAGAGAGAUGGAUGACAGUUCUUGGUGCUGACUCGAUAUCAUACUGAGUGGUUCAUUCUUGCCUUAUAUACCAAUGGAGGACCAGUAUCUAGAAGGGCAACAUCUACUAGAUGGAGAGAUGCAUACACCUUAUGUAGCAGUUCUAUCAAUAUCACUAAUGUGUGUUUUUGACAACCUUUUCCAAUGCCUUCUUCACAAAACCACAGUUUUGACAGUAUAGAUAAUGAUCAGAGUACUGUAUUUUCAUUACAAACAUUGAUAUGGGCACACCAGUAACACUGUGAUUGUGGACUGUUAGUGUUCCAUCAUGUAUGUGGUCAUCUGAACACUGUAUGCUUGUAAACUCCUGGCCCAUAUCCACAAAGCGUCUCCGAGUAAUAGUGCUGAUCUAGGUUCUGGCCAUAUAAUAUGAUCAAUUAUGAACUAAAAGACAACUGAUCCUAUAUCGGCACUCUUACACUAAGACGCUUUGUGGAUAACGAACCCUGGUAUUUGGUACAGUUGAUACUGUUAACGUUCUCGCUGCUUCUGAAAUGGCACCCUAUGCCCUACAAUAUAUAGUGCAAUAGUUUUGAUCAGUAGUAGUGCACUAUGGAAUAGGGUGCCUUUUCAGAGGCGCUAUGUGUAGAUAUGGUUAAUCGCAUCGCUUACUAGUAAACGUAAUCUGACCAAACCUCAAGAUAUGACUUUUCAGCACAACAAAAGACCUAGUCCAUGUGGCCAGUCUUCUAAAACUAUGAGAACACCUAGUCCAUGUGGCCAGUCUUCUAGAACUAUGAGAAAUGUGAUUAUUGUUUAACAAUGUUGAUUGAGAUGCAUUUGUGAAGUCAAUGUCUAAAAUAGGAUUUGUUUUGCAUACAGUACAAUAAGUCACAAUUAUGUUUUGUAAGGCAUGGAUUAAUCAUCACGGUUUGAAUUAUUGGUCAUGUUUUAUUUGUAUGUAAAAGGUUUUUAAGGAUGAUAUUUGUUUAAGAUACAGGUUAAGACUCCACCUUCAGUAGAAUUGUAGAGGCAGAUACUAACUUUAUUUGAAUGAGGGGUAAAAUUAUACACAAAUAAUAUUUUCCAGAACACUAUAUAUGGCCCAACCAAAUAAUGUGACUAUCCGAAUGGAGUUAGAGUUUACUAAACCUAAGCGUUAUCAUGGAAAACAAACGUAGCAUGUAAGGAACGUUUAAAGAGGGGAACAGCGUAUCAAAAUCAGACGUUUUUCUUUAUGGAGUUCUCCUUAAAAUAUAUCAACAGCACCGGCUACUCUCGAGUCACCGGCUAAGAUCAGAGAAAACCACACACAGAAACUGAAUAUAUAUGCAAAGUAUAUUUAGCGAGCUGGUUCUUGCUGUCUCUACAUAGCAUCCAGUGAGUUUUUUUUCUUCUUCUUCUUGGAGCUUGUCAUUAUGAUUUUUGUUUGUAUGUCUGUCAAAAGCAGAGUUUAGUUUGAUUUCUCAUAAAAUGUAAAUUUUUACAAAUAUCUCUGCCACUUUUUUUUUUCCUGUUCACUUUAUGAUCGAUCUCAAUGUGCCUGUAUUAAAUGUAUAAUAUAUGAUUAUAUACCUAUAUAUAAAAAUGACUACUUAAAA